AGCCACUGGAAGGCGAGAGAGAGAGGUCGCAAAUCAGCUGCUGGAACGAGUGUUGUUGGAAGGCACUGUUGUUGGAAGUGCCAGCGCCUUCCAAUGUCAAUUAAAUAAGCAAAACGCGAAGAAAAGCCAAGCGAAAAGGAGAGUCUCGGUGCCGCUCUCGAACACUAAACAAGGAAAUCAGUAUCAAUACCAACGCCCUUGACACAUCCACAUCGACAUCCGCAUCCGGGCGAGGUGGCACGGCUGGCAGGAAGAACAUAACGUGAGUGGCUGCUCUGUUCUAUUCUAUUCUAUUCUGUUGAUUCAGCGGAGUACACUACGCAAUAACCGAUAACGACCUUACCACCGCUACCCUCCCCCUCCCCGCGCCUCUCCGCAGCGGAGCAGUGGAGCACCCCCAGUCCACCAAGGAGCUACCUGCUCGAGAUGCCCCAGAUGAGGGCUGCGGCCGCUGAGGCGGUGGCCGCCGGCAGCGCCAAUGGCCAGCCGCUAGUCAAGAUCGGGCACUACCUGCUGGGCGCCACCCUGGGCACUGGCACCUUCGGCAAGGUGAAGAUCGGCGAGCACCAGAUCACCCGCGUCAAGGUGGCCGUCAAGAUACUCAAUCGGCAGAAGAUCAAGAGCCUGGACGUUGUGGGCAAGAUCCGGCGAGAGAUCCAGAACCUGAAGCUCUUCCGCCAUCCGCACAUCAUCAAGUUAUACCAGGUCAUCUCCACGCCUUCGGACAUCUUCAUGAUCAUGGAGUACGUGAGCGGCGGCGAGCUGUUCGACUACAUUGUAAAGCACGGAAAGCUGCAGGAGCACCAGGCGCGCCGCUUCUUUCAGCAGAUUAUCUCGGGCGUGGACUAUUGCCACCGACACAUGAUCGUGCAUCGGGAUCUGAAGCCGGAAAACCUGCUGCUCGACCACAACAUGCACGUGAAGAUCGCCGACUUCGGGCUCUCGAACAUGAUGCUCGAUGGCGAGUUCCUGCGCACCUCGUGCGGCUCGCCCAACUACGCGGCGCCUGAGGUGAUUUCCGGCAAGCUGUACGCCGGGCCUGAGGUGGACAUCUGGUCGUGCGGCGUCAUCCUGUACGCCCUGCUGUGCGGGACGCUGCCCUUUGACGACGAGCACGUGCCCACGCUGUUCCGCAAGAUCAAGUCGGGCAUUUUCCCGAUUCCCGAGUACCUCAACAAACAAGUGGUCAACCUGGUCUGCCAGAUGCUGCAAGUGGACCCGCUCAAGCGGGCCAACAUCGAGGAGAUCAAGAAGCACGAGUGGUUCCAAAAGGACCUCCCCGCUUACCUCUUCCCCUCGUCCAUCGAGCAGGACUCCAAUGUGAUCGACACCUACGCUGUGGCAGAGGUCUGCACCAAGUUCGGCGUCAAGGAGACCGAGGUUCACAACUCCCUGCUCAGCGGCGAUCCGCACGAUCAGCUGGCCAUCGCCUACCAUCUGAUUAUCGACAACAAACGCUUCGCCGAUGACGCAGCCAACCAAAUAAACGAGAUCAACAACUUUUUCGUGGCCGGCUCGCCACCACCGCCGCCGCCUCCGCCCGUUCCGCAAUCAUCGAUGGACCACCAAGCCCCUCUGGCCACCGUGACCGUGGGCGGAGGCACUGCAGCCAGCUCGGGCACCGCCACACCAGUGCCCCCCGUGGCUGGAGGCACCCCUAGCGGCACCAUCCCCAUACGACCGCAUCCGGAGCGGAUUGCGCCGAUGCGGGACCGCCAACUGGCCAUGUCCGUGCAGACAUCUGGCGGCGGAGCCUUCCCGGAGAAAACCGCGCGUGGCGGUACUCCCAUCAAGCGCGCCAAGUGGCAUCUGGGCAUCCGGUCGCAGAGCAAGCCGAACGACAUAAUGCUCGAGGUGUACCGGGCGAUGAAGGCACUCAGCUACGAGUGGAAGAUCAUCAAUCCGUACCACGUUCGGGUGCGCAGGCAGAACGUGAAGACCGGCAAGUUCUCGAAGAUGUCACUGCAGCUGUACCAGGUGGAUGCCAAGAGCUAUCUGCUCGACUUCAAGUCGCUGACCAACGACGAGGUCGAGCAGGGCGACGACGUCAUCAUGGAGAGCCUUACUCCGCCGCCGCUUAGCGUGUCCGGGGUUAUGCCGCUGCAGCCGACCGGGCAUCACACUAUGGAGUUUUUCGAAAUGUGCGCCGCCCUGAUCAUUCAACUGGCUCGCUGAGGAUGAGGUGACCGCCGUCGGCCGCUGCGGACUGGAUGGGAUCUUCUCGGCUGGCGAUCCGCACCCGGACCGCCCUGAGGAUUGACCAUUGCCCGGAAGACACAGCCACACAAAGGAAAGCUGGGUGGAGUUCGGGGUUCCACGGAUCCCUGACCCGACUAAGUUCUUGAAUUCGUCCCAACCACUGCUGAUUUCAAUCGGAAUCGAACAAUGCAGCAACAAAGCAGCUGCCUCGAUUUCGAUUCGGAAUGUGCCCCUUGUCCGAUUUUCGAGCCCCCAAAUAAAACUAGAUCCUAAUUAACACGUAGUCCUGUUGCCGCCACACAAACGUAAGAGAAGGCAACCCCAAUGUGCAAUUAUCGGUAGCAGGACUGAAUAGAUUUCUAAAAUCGCCCGCCCCCUACUAGGAGGACGAAACUAGAGGUUGGGCCUACGACUCCAGCUUCCCUUUGUGCGGCUGUGUAAUCCACAUAAAAUGUUAUUGAACUCAGACUCCCGCCAACCGCCGUUGCCGCUAUGCUACCGUUACCCGCUUUAACGCAUCCAUUUCCGCUUCCGGUUAGUUUAAGUCUGUAGGUUCCGCCCGGUCGGCGGGCAUCGAUCCGUUGCUGUACUGUACUGUUCUGUUUCUAUUUCGAUUUCUGUUUAUAAACAAGUUGAGUUAUUAUCCAAACCGCAUGUGCACGUGGAUGUAUUUGUAUUAUGCCUAACGAAUUGUAAUUGGAACCUCGUCUGGGGUAGCUGUCGGAUUACAACCAGAUGUGGGCCAAGUUUUAUGUAUCUGUAUGAACCAAACAAUAAAGCGAUUCAUUAAUAUUCUAAA